AUGGAACCUUCUGCCAGGCGGCAGAUUAUACUCAAUGCAUUUGACAUGUUCACUCCGAGCCAUCUCUGCUUCGGUCAGUGGCGCAGGGGUGAAGAUGAAGUCGCCGACAAAUUUAGAGAUCUCAGUUACUGGACCAAUCUCGCGCAGACACUUGAGCGGGGAGACAUUCACGCUUUGAUUCUGGCUGAUACCUAUGGUCAACACGAUAUCUACAAUGGAAGCGCUGAACCAACGAUACGGACAAGUUGUCAGUUCCCGAUGGGCGACCCCGUUAUCCCGGUGACGGCGAUGGCAACUGUAACGAAGAAACUUGGGUUCAUUGUAACAACCAGUACGAGUUACGAGGCACCAUUCGUCGUCGCAAAGAGGUUCUCGACACUCGACCAUCUUACCAAAGGGCGGUUUGGCUGGAACAUCGUCACUUCUUUUAAGGAAUCUGCUGCCAAGGCCGUCGGGGUCUCAUAUGUCGAACAUGAUGAGAGAUAUGCCGCUGCUGAUGAAUACUUGGAGUUGCUCUACAAAAUAUGGGAAGGCUCGUGGGCAGACGAUGCUCUCAAGAAAGAUGCAACGAACAACAUCUACGCCGAUCCCAGUCGUAUCCGUUGGAUCAAGCAUCAUACGGCAAGGUUCAAUGUGGAUGCUCCUCACAUCCUGCAUCCUUCACCUCAAAGAACUCCAUUUCUGCUUCAAGCAGGGACAUCAUCCGCUGGCAUAGCUUUCGCUGCCAAACACGCAGAGGGUAUCAUGAUAUCGGGGCUUUCACCUCACAUCUUGGCGCCUCGCGUAGCAGCCAUUCGUCAGCAAGCAGCGGAAGCUGGCCGUGACCCUGGUAGUGUCAAGAUUUUCGCCGUCAUUACACCAGUCAUUGCGAGAACAGACGAAGAAGCCACUGCAAAAUACCGCAAAGCCUUGGAAUUUGCGAACUUCGAAGCUGGUCUUGCAUUCUUUUCAGGUAAUGCUGGAAUAGACCUCGCCAAAGACGAUUUAGACGCAGAAAUAAGACCAGAUGAUGCUACCAUUGAUGGGCGGGUACACUCCAUGGUCAGCAGUCUGAAAUACCGUAGCGAUGACAUUCCAGUUUGGACGCCUCGAAAUAUCGGAAAAGUCAUGGCCAUCGGCGGGAACGGGCCUGUGCCAGUUGGAUCGGCAGCUCGUGUUGCAGAUUUCCUUGAGGAGUGGGUGAGGAUUGCAGAUUUAGAUGGGUUUAACGUUGGAUAUGUCACAACCCCUGAGAGUUUCGAAGAUGUGGUAGAUUUGCUAGUGCCUGAGCUUCGCGGAAGAGGGCUAUACGGGUACGACGGACUAUCGGGAGAUGGAGUCACUCUGCGUGAGAGGAUGUAUGGUGUUGGCCAGAAACAUCUCCGCCACGACCACAUUGGAGGUCAAUACAAGUACAAGUAG